AUGGUAGAUAUAUCAUAUUAUGUUAUGCAACCAAUUAUUACAAGUAUCAAGACAGGCAACAUUUGGCAUGAUUGUCUACUCAUUAUGAUAACUGUUUUCUGUCUAACGUGCAUUAACAAAUUUUGUGCUUCUGCAAUAGAUAAAUUACAAUUGCUCAUCUCAUCUAUCACUUGGCGACGGUUCAAAGCGAGAUAUUCAAUAAAUAUUAUUGCUAAUCCUAAUGGUCUUCUCGAUACUCGACUGCAAGUUCCUGAAGAAUAUUUAGGUAUUCUUCAUCAUCUUCAUGUAGCAGAUAUAAAUAUAUGUUCAGCCAAAUCUAUUCCUACUCCUACUAAUAAAUCCAAAACAACAAAUCCUGAUCCUCUAGACGAAUUGGUCAAUUAUUUCAUCACAUCGACAGGCAAACAAGAUCUUCUCAUUGCAUCAAAUAUUUAUCUUCACAUUGAAAAAGCGACAAACCUAGAUUCAAAAGAUUCUUUCUUCGCACAUCGAAAUAUUGGCUUACUUCAUUACAAAAUUACACUUUAUUCAUACAAAUUAACAUUCAAGCAAUUAAAAGGAAUAAUAACCGAAUGGACAGUGGCAUAUCGAGAUUAUAUUAAAGAGAAAAAUAAAGGAAAUUUCUAUCAUUUUACAUUGAUGCCAAUGUUUGGUUCACCAAAUGCAAAAGUUUGUAUUAAUUUCAAAAAACAUCUUUUUACCACAACGAAAUCGUUCGAUAAUCUCUUCUUCGACGGGAAACAAAUGCUGAUCGAUCGUGUUAAUUUUUUUCUUAAUAAUCCAAACUUUUAUGAACAACGAGGUAUUUCUCAUUCAUUUGGUCUUUUAUUCUAUGGAUCACCUGGAUGUGGAAAAACAUCGACAAUCAAAGCACUCGCUUCUUAUACUAAACGUCAUCUUGUUGAAAUUCCACUUUCACGUAUUCGUACAUGUGAUGAACUUGAACAAGCUUUCUUUUUAAAUUCAUAUGAUAUGACUAAUUUGGACUUUAGUAAUAAAAUCAUCGUCUUUGAAGAUAUCGACUGCAUGUCACAUCUGAUUAAAAAACGAUCUACAUCUUCAACAACAUCGGAACCAGUAACAUCAACUGAAGGUGAUGAUGUUGUUAUUCAUCUUGAACAAGAUGAUAUCAAUGCAGGAAAAAAGAAAAUGUCCAAACAAUCAUUACGUAGUUUAUUAGGUGAGGAUCAAACGGCUCCCAAGGAUCCAUUAACAUUGUCCUUUCUUCUCAAUCUAAUCGAUGGAAUUAUUGAGCAACCUUCACGUAUUCUAAUUAUGACUAGUAAUCAUCCUGAACAAAUCGAUCCUGCACUUCUCCGACCUGGUCGUAUUGAUAUUAAACUAGAAUUUAAAAAAUGUACGAAAUCUAUUAGUAAAGAAAUUAUAGAAUUUUUCUUUGAUAAAACAAAUCAUGUUGAUGUAUCUCAAUUGUGUGAUAAUGCUCAUUCACCAGCUGAUAUCAUUUCAGCAUGUAUGUCAUCAACAGAUGGAAAACAAACUGUACAAUUACUCUCGGAACAAGUAUUACCAAAUGUUGUCAUCGAAGCACAACAUAUAUUAACAUGUAAUGAACAAUAA